AUGACGUCAUCUUGCAAGGUGUGCCGCUUGGCCCCCUGCACCGGGGUAAGCGCCCAGCCACGUGCAGCCCAACAGCCGACACCCCGCGAGGUCUUUUCCCUUAUUCCUUCUAGGGCUGACCCCUUGAUUCAAGAAGUCCACAUUGACGAGCCUGCAUCGAUGGAUUUUAUUUUAUUGCAUGGUUAUGUUAAGAACUGGUAUAGGUAAAGUCUCUGUAUAGACACACACAUAUUUUUAAUAACCAAAGAGUAUAGGAACCAUAUGGGUGUGGGCGUGGGCAUCAAGUAAAUAAAUAAAAAUACUUAACAGAGAGUAGAAAUUGUAGAAAGAUUUUGACAGGCUUUUUUGGGCGUCAAAAGAAAGCAAUUUAAAACAACUGUUGUUGAGACAUUUCAUGCUGAAUCUGGACGAUGACAGGUGGGUGUCCUGCCCCACCCCCUUCAAUAUGAAUCCUAGCUGUGCCCAUGGCCUUAUACCAAGUCAUGCCAUUCAUUCAUUCAUUCAUCCAGCUCAGCAUUGCCAACACUGGCUGGCAGAGGCUUUCUGGGGUUUCAGGCAGAGGACAUACCCAGCCCCACCUGCAGAUGCAGAAGACUGAAUCUGGGACCUGAUACCUUACUAUUAAGCCACAGCCCUUCCUGCAUAGACAUGAAUAAAAUCUGCGUAUGGGAAGAGAGAAAAGUUCCAAAGAGAAUAGCAUUCUUCCUUUGGUUUUGAAUAAUGCCCACAUAAGUUGAGGGUGCAGGUGUUUGUUCAAAAGUACCACUUCUUCUUAGGUGGCACUUUUCCUCUCUGCAGUUUUUUAUAAAUACGUUUUCCCCCUCGUUUUUAACCAUUUCAGAAAACUUUAAAAGUUUGCACAUUGUCAGUUGAUCAGUACAUUAAUCUGGAGGCCAUAUUUGGGGUCCUCUCCAAGCCUGUGGUUUUAUAUCCGUAGGAUGGGAUUCUGGAGAGAGGGAGGGAGACAAGUGGUCAAUCCAGUCUCUAGCCAAGUGUUAGGUAUCCCUUUGCAUGAGUACAGGGGAUGGUUGCCACAGAAAUUACAAGCUGGAAGUGCUUCAGGAGGGUGGGCUAAAGGGGGCAGGAAGUAGAGAACAAUAGACCUGUGGUCAGUCUUGUCCUGAACUGGGAAGAGACCAAGAAGCAUGACUUGCUUUCUGUGCUGGAUCCAAAGAUAUGGCUUGCAGUGGGGAGCAAGACCGUUAGAAGAGUUGAUGCCGUGAGCCCUUCCAUCUUCUGUUCAGCCUGUAUAUGGCAUGGCAUGGAGAACACAGCUGGAGAAAAGUUUUAUACUCCUCGAAUAACACUAGACUUCAUGGACAUCUAAGGAGGUUGGAAGAUGUAGGACAGAUAAAAUCAAGUACCUUCUGCAGAGCAUAGUUAAAUGAUGGCACUCACUCCCAUGGGAAGCAGCGAUGGCCAUCAAUUUGGAUCACUUUAAAAGAGCACUAGACAAUUCAAUGAGGAUAAGGCUAUCAGUGGUUACUUUCUGCUAUGGCCGUAUUCCACCUCCACUGUAAGAGGCAGCAUGACACUUAAUACCAGUUACUGAGAAUCACAGGUGGGCAGAGUGCUGUUGAGCUCAGGCAGUGGCGGAGCUUCAUGCUCUGGCACCGGGGGACAGAGAGCAGGAGGGGGCGUGGCUGGCGUAAAUGAAUACAUAUGAAUGAAUUUUAUUAUUACGGUCACAGACCAGUUCCAGCUCACUUACAAUAUCAGGAAAAUCGUAAAACACAACAGGAAUAAAUUGAAUUGGGUAUAACAGAGACAAUACAGAUAUAGCAGUUAAAAAUAUAUAUAAAAUCUUGAUCACUAAAAUAUAACCUAAAAUUGUCAUUUAAAACCUUAAUCAUUUUGGUAGUACAGCUUGUUCCCUGAGUUUUAUGACAGUCGCACAGAAUUUGGCCACCCUUAGCGUGAUCUCUGGAUCCUUCUCCUUUACCAGGAGUUUUAGACAUUGAAGUUCAGACCCAUUUGGAGAUUUUUGUGGCUGGCGUGUGUCCCGGGGGUGUGGCGCGUGUCCUGGGGGUGUGGUGUGCAUCCUGGGGUGUGGCACGUUGCCUGCGGGGGCGUGACGCCCAGCACAGGCGGGGGGCAGCCACGAUGGCACCCCAUCGGGAUUGUGCUGCCGGGGGCGGUGCGCUCCCCCUGCCCCCCUCUUCCUCUGCCAGUGAGCUCAGGCCCCGCUUAUGUGCUUCCCAUAGGUUGUCCACUGUAAGAACAGGAUGCUGGAAUAGGUGGACCAUUGGCCUGAUCCAGCAGGCUGUUUUUAUGUUUUCAUGUUCUCAGCAGAUGGCUCAGUUGGUUAGAACAUGGUGCUGAUAAUGCCAAGGUUGCAGGUUCGAUACCCAUAUGGGACAGCUGCAUAUUCCUGCAUUACAGUGGCACCUCUAGUUGCGGACACGAUCCAUUCCAGGGUGCCGUUCGCAACAUGAAAAGCCGCAACGUGAAGCAAAUGCAACAAGAGGUAUGACUGUAUGGGGAGUUGGACUAGGGGUCCCUCCCCACUCUACAUUCUUUUUUUUUUAUAGUUGAUAUUUAUUGAAUUUUCAAAAAAUAACAACAAAAAUUUCCAGAAAAAAAUUUAAGGAUACAAAAAACAAAAUUAGUGCAUAAAAAAAAAAAAGAAAGAAAACCCAGCCGCAAAGAAGAAAAAAAAGAGAAACAGAGAAACAAAAAUAUAAAGUCCUUUACAAUCUCUAUUGACUUCCUUUCUAGACUUCCUCCUCCUCCCCUCUUUUGUUUCUUAAUUUUUAACUUUUACAGCAAAUCCUUUCUGUUUUUCAUAACAAUCUGUCAUUACGUUUCCUUAUUCUAUUUUCCCUCUUGUCAUAUAAAAACUUUAAAACUCAUAGCUUAUAUUCAAUAUUUACCUAAUUCUUGCAUCAUUACCUUUUUACGAAUCAUUUACCAAUCCUUACUUAAGUCAUGUAAUUUCAUUCAACAUCCUUCAAACUUUUGUAAGCAUUCCCAAUAUUAAAAAGUAAAAAGAAAAAUAAUAAGUCAAAUUCAGUCCAGUCAGCUUCCAACCUCCCCUCCCCUGGACCCGGGAUUGUCAGUCCUUUUAACCUCGGUAAUCCGGCUCCUUAACCUGGUUGUCUUGUGUCCGAGGCCCUCAAGUCUCUUUCUUGCCCCUUUCGCCACUCUUGUUGAUGAUUCCUUUCCAGUCGUGGAUGCUCCAGCAAAAAAAUGCUUUUGACCCUUUGCAACAAAUCCAUCCCAAACCCAUUGCCCAAGCCAGACAGCAAAUAAUACCACUUCAAAUUUCCACAAAGCUUGGAGACUUCGGCUACUCCAAUCCUCUGAUAGCCCAUCACCAGACUCGGAAGGUCCAAAUAACCAUAUGGAGGGGUCGAUCCAUCCCCCAUUUCCAAAUCUGACCACAUUUCAUCUUUCCGAAUCUGGUUUGUCCCAAGUUCAUUUAUCAAGUUCAAAGGCUGAUCUUGCCCGUCCAAAGGUCCCUCCAUCUCUGAAGCCUCCGUCACUACAGCAGGUUCAUAUGCUUGUAUAGCCUUUAACUGAAUUUCAUUUGUUUGCUGCUGUGCUCUGGUAACUUCCAUCAUCAAGGUCGUCUCCUGACGCAAGGUCGUCUCCCCCUGCCCCCCUCUUCCUCUGCCAGUGAGCUCAGGCCCCGCUUAUGUGCUUUCCAUAGGUUGUCCACUGUAAGAACAGGAUGCUGGAAUAGGUGGACCAUUGGCCUGAUCCAGCAGGCUGUUUUUAUGUUUUCAUGUUCUCAGCAGAUGGCUCAGUUGGUUAGAACAUGGUGCUGAUAAUGCCAAGGUUGCAGGUUCGAUACCCAUAUGGGACAGCUGCAUAUUCCUGCAUUACAGUGGCACCUCUAGUUGCGGACACGAUCCAUUCCAGGGUGCCGUUCGCAACAUGAAAAGCCGCAACGUGAAGCAAAUGCAACAAGAGGUAUGACUGUAUGGGGAGUUGGACUAGGGGUCCCUCCCCACUCUACAUUCUAUGAUUCAGUGUUGAUCUCCCAUAAUGCAGCAUGGAGGAGGAUAGGCAGGAGACUAGGAUUGGUUGGCUUUGCCCGUCAUUGGCUCUGACUCCACCUACUGUUGACCUCUUUGCCUUCUGCCCUACCAGCCACAAUAGGCACCAACAGCCACUGCACUAUGCUGGUUGCAGAGCCAUGGGAUUAGGCGCUUAUGGUACUUUUUAUUGCAUCCCCCCUCCCCCACCCAGUGUGUUGUAAUAAAGAGGAAGGCUUACAGCAUUGAACUGGAAUAGAUCUGGCAGUAACCAAAUGAAAGGCAGAAUCUCAGGCCGGGUUGGCCGAGAGAGAAAAGUGAGAGUUUAAGUCAAUGCGAGAUGUAAAACAAAAGCAUAGAAAAGGGAUGCCAUUGACUCUGGUGGUGGUCCUCAUCUCGCCUCCCGCACAGAGUUUUUUCCCCGCCGCCACCUCCCAUCACGUCCCAAAGGGAGAUUGUUCCAGUGUUGAUCCAACACAGCCCCCAAACAGCCAAGCUGCUAAGUGAAUUCUGCUUAGCUGCUGAGGUCUAUAUUUAGAUCCCUGUGAAAGGGGUUAGCGAGUUGCCUGGAGCCAGCAGAGCAUCUAAGGAUGUCAGUGUAACAGCAGUUAGGGAUGAAAAAUAACCAGGAGCUUUAAGUAAAUCCUUUGGACUGAGCAGGGCUGGGGGAGGGAGCAGGAGAGAGAGUGAAAGCAGCCUCUGAUUACAGAUGGGAACUUCGCUGGAGCUUCGCCUGCGAAUUGGCACCUCCUCUGUGCUGGAAAAGAGGGCAGCAUGCCACAUAAUUUCAUGGCUAGAUCUGUGGGUGGUGGGUGCUGGCAGAUGGGGGGAUGGACGUUUUGCAGAAAGAGAGCUCCAGCAAGCCCCCAUCCUGUUACCCUGCUCAGUUUGCACAGUUUAGAUCAGAUUUUAUAUGGCUUUUGCCUGGUUUUAUCCACGUUGUAUGGCUGACUUUGAUGCCGACUGCUUAGAGAUAAUUGUGAUUAAGUGGCAUGUGCAUUGCCUAAAUAAAUAAAACAGCUGAAAGUGCUAAGAUUGGCUGGUACUGCCUGUUGUUGGCUCUGACUCCCCCUACUGUUGGUCUUUCUGCCUUUUGCCCUUUGAGUCCCAAAGGGCACCAACCACAACUGCUCAAACUGAACCCCACUAUUGCAGUCAUCGAGAAAAAAAGAAUGCUCUCCAGGUCUUAGGCUGCUCCCUGUGAUUACCAGUGGGAGAGCUACUGUGAUCUAGCCUUCAGGCAUGGACUACAGAGACCUAGGUUCAGAUUCCCAUUCGGCACCAAAGGUCACUAUAUGUCUGGCCUGUGUGUCACAGAGCUGUCAGGCAAAGAAUGCCCAGAGUGAGGAAUUAACUAUUCAUUGACAAAAGUACACUUGUGUAAGUUACGGAAAGGCACGUCCACCAAUCCAAUGUCCCUCAGCUACCCAUAGAUGAGAACUUGAUGAGGCAGUUGCUGCAACAGAGAGGCCCUGCCCCUGACCUCAGCUUAUGUAAGUCCCCCACCCAGGCUACACACGAGUAGGUGAAGACACUGUCUGUGUGUAACCUGCUUCUGCUCCUCUCUCUUCCAUCCUUGCUUGGUCCUGGGAGGCAGGGGCAGAAGGAGGAGGUGUGAAAGCCCUUGACCCUACACCAGCCUGACCUCUCUCUCUGUCUCUCCUCCUGUACCUGUUCUCUCCAGCCCUGCAGCUUCUCCUGCCUCUGACUCUCAUCUCCUUGCAGUAACAGAUCACUGAUCCCUUCUUCUUCCAAGACAGUCUUCAACCCCAUUUCUCUCAGUGCCCACACACUCUCAGUAUCCAGCCACCACUGCUCACUGUCCAGUCAGUCCCUGACACUAUCCUUACAUCUUAGCUUAGCCUACUUAACGGGGUUGUUGUGAGAAGACCAUGCGCAGAUGGUACCAUUCAUGCCACCUUGAGUUAAUCAUAGAAUUGUAGAGUUGGAAGGGGCCUCCAGAGUCACCUAAGUCCAACCCCCUGUAAUGCAGGAAUCUCAGCUAAAGCAUCCAUGACAGAUGGCCAUCCAACCUCUGCCUAAAAACCUGCAAUGAUAUUUUUAGGAAAGUCGGGAAGAGUAGUAAGAAAUGGCACUGACAUCAGAUUCCAGGGAUGGAGAAGGAUUAAAUCCUAUUUGGAAAAGUGAAUCCAUUGGGAUGCAUCUGAAGUUGUGUUUGUUUUCUGUUUUUAAUGUUCUCAUUUUUAUAAUAAUUAAAAUACAUGCCACAGCUCCUACCACUGUCAAUACUAUAUAUAGCUGGUGUGAACUAACACUUAAAAAUGCAAGAACAGAGAGACCAAGGAAAGAAAUAGCACAAUUCCACCACCGAAGCAACAGACCAGGCUUGGGACCACAUGGCCCUCUAGGUCAUGUUGCACUACAACUCCCAUCAUCCCUGGCUGCUGAUUAGGUUGGCUGGGACUGAUGGGAAUUGGAGUCAUCUGGAGUGCCACAGCUUCCCUACUCCUGCAAUAAACCAAAAGACUAACAAGCUGAAAAGUACUACAACAGAUAAACUUCCAUCAUGCUCAAGCUGCAUUGACAUCCAGUAUUUUAAAAAAUGGUAUUUUCUUAAUGCAGGGAAGCUUAUAUCCAGUACCAGAAAUGGCCCUCCAGGCCUUUCUAUCUGAGCCUCAGGACUCUCCGCAGACUGUGCCUUUUCUCCUACCAGCCCUGAUCCACAGCCUCCUCCAGUUCUUUAGCCUGGCUGGCACAUGCCCUGGAACUGUACAAAUGUGUGUUGGGAUAUGUGUGCAGAAGCCUCUAAUUCUGAAUGGCUGGACUCCUGAACAAAGAUAAGGGGCACAUCUGGGCCCCCCCCACAGGCAUGUGGCCCUUGGAAGGUUGCCCACAAAAGAUUUCAGCCCUCGGGCUGAAUUUUGAACAGCAGCCAUUUCAAUACAGGACCUUGCAAGAUCACCUUCUAAGGAACAUCAACCUCAACAAGCCUGACCAGAAGCAAGCAUUAGAUGAUGGCGUUUCUACCACACAGGAUAGGGCCUUUCUGUUGUUGGCACUAGGAAAGACUUUUAACUGUGAAAAGGAACAGCCUAAAAGUGUACCCUGAAGAGAUGGGGCUAUAGGACCAGCUAUGUACUCCUUUUAUUUCAGCUUAGAUCUUGCUGGAACAAUGCCUUUUCUGACCAUUGUCUCUCUCUGGCCUCACACUAGCAUCCUGGCUGGACAGCUCUUAAUAGCCUUGUCCUGGAGAUUGCACCUAGUCCUGCUGGACAGCUCCACUGCCUCCACCAUUCUCACCCAGUUCCAGCGUUGCUGAGAAUGGGGCACUGCACUUAACAGUUACUUUGUACCAGUGUAGGGUCCUGCAUUCCUCAGGAUUCCUUAUUAGUGUUCUGCUCCAAGCAGCUAAGAAGACUGAAGAUCCUAGGCAAGACAUGGUGCAGCCAGGACUGACCAUUCCACAUGACGCACAAACCGAAGCUAUUUUAGAAUGUUGCUUCAGCAACAUGUAACCUCAGGCUGAGCCUUAAAUAAGGCUGCAGCUCAGUCUGGGUGAUUUGCUUGACCACCUACUGAAAGAAACUCUUCUGGAUGAAAAGGCUUAGCCUGUUUCAUCAGCCAUGGACUCUGGCAGUGCAAAGGAGAGCAUUUAGUUAGAAAACCACAAGAGGUGAGCUAUCUUUUUGUCCCCUUUAAGACUUUCCCUACUUUAGUACUAGGUCUUCAUUUGGUUGACUGGGGGCCAUAAAGGGAUACACACACAAAUGCACACAAUCAUCUAAGAUGGAUUGCAUCCCAGUUUUAGGGUUUUCUCUCUCUUUUCUCAUAAAACAACCCCUACAAAAACCUAAAUACAACUAAAUGGCAAUGAGGAGAGAGAAAAAGAGGGGGGUACCCAAAGUGGGUCCUGUCUUGGCUAUGGCAGAGUCUGGAGGAACAAAGGACCAACAAGCAGAGACAGAGUAGCAACUGGUCAAGAACCAGACUCUGGAAACAAGAGUGGUCAGAGACAGCUUCAGAACCCUGGACAGGUCCCAUGAAAGAGACAACUUUGUCCAACAAGAGCUGGGUUCUUGCAUUCUUCCCCAGCUUGAUUACCUUUCCCAGGCUCUGCCCUAUUGCUGAAGAAUGCAGAUACUUGAAGGGGUGGUCCUCUGGCUUGACUCUUGUCACAUCUCUGCUAAGUCUUCAGUUGUGCACAGACUCAGUAGUACAGGAGGCCCUUGGGAUCCUUGUGGAGGGGUCUCCAGUUCAGAAGGUCCCUAGCUGCUGGACAGGGUCUAGAUUCAGAUUUACACUUGCUGCCCUGGGGCCCUGAGACCUUGAGCCUUAGAGUGAAAACCAGGGCUGCCAUUUGAUAGACGAAUGCAGCUGUAGGCGGAGGUGAAAUAGGGAGCAGUUGGGUGGGCAGAGCUGCAAGCCAGCCUGCAGCCCUCAGGUGUAUUGGGAGUUGAUGUGCCAUCAACUAGCGUGGGAGAAAGGUUCAAGUGGCUACCAGUUAGCUAAGUUCAAACUGUACUGGUGUACAAAGCCCUAUACAGCUUUGGAACGGGAUACCUAAAAGAUGAUCUCACUCAUUAUACACUCAUUAUACACUCAACCAAUCACUGCUGGAAAGGGCCUCCUGCAGAUACCAUCUCAUCAGGAGGUCCAUUCCGUAUGAUGUAGGAAUCAGCACUUUCGCACAGUGGCACUUACCCCUUAGAACACCUCCCCAAUACACAUCAGACAGCCCUGCUCACACUGCACAGUUAAAGCAGCAUCAUACCAGUUUAAGUAGGCAUGGCUUCUCCCAAAGACUUAUAGGAGCUCUAGUUUGUUAAGCGUGCUGAGACUUGUUAGGGGACUCCCACAUUCUCUUCCCACAGCUAAAAUAUUCAGAGUGGCAUAACAAUCAAUCACUCUUCCCAGUGAACUCUGCGAAUUGUAGCUCUGUGGGGGGAAUAGGGGCCUCCUAACAACUCUCAGCAGGGAUGCAGGUGGCACUGUGGUCUAAACCACAGAGCCUAGGGCUUGCCGAUCAGAAGGUCGGUGGUUCGAAUCCCCGCAACGGGGUGAGCUCCUGUUGCUUGAUCCCUGCUCCUGCCAACCUAGCAGUUCGAAAGCACAUCAAAGUGCAAGUAGAUAAAUAGGUACUGCUCCGGCAGGAAGGUAAACGGCGUUUCCGUGCGCUGCUCUGGUUCACCAGAAGCAUGCUGGCCACAUGACCCAGAAGCUGUACGCCAGCUCCCUCGGCCAAUAAAGCAAGAUGAGCGCCGCAAACCCGAGUCGUCCGCGACUGGACUGAAUGGUCAGGGGUCCCUUUACCUUUUUAAUGACUCUCAGCAGCCUUAACAAACUACAGCUCCCAUAAGUCUUUGGGGGAAGUCGUGACUGUUAAUAAUAUUAUUAUUUAUACCCUGCCCAUCUGGCUGGGUUUCCCCAGCCACUCUGGGCAGCUUACGGCAGAUCUAAAAACAUAAUAACUUUGGCAGCUCCCAUUGAAAGGAGCAAAGAUGCACAGCAGUAGAUUUGCCAACCAGCUUCUCUGUGAAAAUAACUGGGAAAUAGGGAUGAUGAUGGUGAAGAUGGUGAUAAUAUCUCUUCAUCCUUCCCUGCAUUGUAGGGCAUUGGACUAGAUGACCCGCAGGGUACUUUCCAACUCUACAAAUCUAUGAUUCUGUGAUUUUCUACUUCAAUCCCUGAGCAACAGGUCAUCAAGGUUGUUACUGUUGUUGUUGUUACUAGUACUACUACCACCAUUAUUUGAACAAAAAUCUACAGACACAGCAGCCCUCCCCAGCAAUAAAGGCAGUAAGGAAAGCUUCAGGGCCAACAAAUCAUCGCUAACAACCAACCACAAACACCAUCAUAGCCUGUCAAAAGCCUUGGAAAAGAGGUAUGGCUGCUGCCAUUGGGUUAAAAAAAACUGCCAGAGACAAGCUAAUCCACAUCCCUGGCAGCUCCAAAAUAGCCAUGUGUAGAAAGGCAGGCACCAAGUGUUGUGCCAGCUGGGAGGCAGGAAAGCAGGAGGAAGGCAGAAUGGCGGGGGGGGGGGAGACAGAGAGAGGGGAUUUAUACAGGGUGUGUAGGAGAAGCAGAAGCCCUGCUUUCCCUGCUCCUAAACAGUGCAGAAGAGAAAGGAAAUGGACCACUGCUAGGCCUGGUUAGCCAGGGAGGGAAGCUGAAAUGUAUCCAGGUCUCCCCCUUCAAAGCGGUUGGUAGAUCCGGCAGGCAAAUCAGGCAGCUAGCAGUCUGCUGAUACCCAGAGCAUCGUGAGAGCGGUUCAGCCAAGGAGAGAGAGGGAGAGAGACACACGGAGAGAUGCUUUUGUUGGCCGUGGAGACUGUCUGGGCACAGUGAAACCCCUUUCCACAGGCAGAUUCUGUUCUCACCCCGAUCUCACCGGAGACCACCACAGCGGCAGAACCGGCUCUCCAUUUCUUAGCAGUCCAUCUGGUAAGUGUGCCUGGCUGCUUUGUGCCCUUGAUGUGGAGGUGCCUGGAUGGUUUGUGGAGGAAAAGAGAAAAAGGGAGGGAUCUGGGAGGGAAUGGGGGGAGGUGUUACAGGUGGCUUACGAUGGGUUCUACUAUUCUGGAUGUAUAUACGGAUCAGUGCAUUAUUUAUCCAUCCAGAUAAUCCAGAUAAUUGGCGGUUAAAGAAGAAGAAGAAUGUGUGUGUGUGUGUGUGUGUGUGUGUAGAUAGAAAAAGAGAGAGAGAGAGAGCUGGCUUCCAUGGCCAACUAUGGGUGUGCAAUGCAAAGAAAAUAAACUUUCUAAAAAGCAAAAAAAAAUGUUCACUUGUCAUUUCCAUCUUUGAAGCCAUGUGUGCAUUAGCAGGGUUUUUGUGUGUGACAAAUACUCCAAGUGGAAUGACUGACAUUCUCAUUGUGGUGGUGGUGAUAAAAGGAGGAGCCCAGCUGAAACCUCGCCAAGUAUACGAGCAGAUGGCUCUUUACUAUAGUUGUUGUCUAUUUGCACAAGUCACAUAGUGGAGUCACAGUGGUUGUGGAUUGCGAUAUCGGCUUGGCGAGUUUGGGGUGUGUCAGUGAAGCAAUCGGAGAGCCUUCCCUACAUAUGUAUUUGGUAGAGAAACAUGUCUUCCCAGGUGCUUUGAUUGCGCGAAGCCUCGGAAACUGGCUUCUGAAGGUCUCCUGUGAUUAGGUGCUUCCUUGCAACAUCAGGCUGGAAAGUUGAGGUGAGCAAAGACAGGGGAUUGUGGUAUCAGAGCUGAAGAUGGAAUUGGGUGGCAUAAUUUUGACACAAAGUCCCUGCUAUUUUCCAGCAUUCAUAUAAAUGGAAAAGACCAUCGUCCGGUGGAAGAACAUCUGCUUUGCAUGCAUUCGGUCCCAGGUGCAGUCACAGGCAAUUCCAGGUAGGGCUGGAACCCCACCUGAAAUCCUGGAGAACUGCUUCCAGUCAAUGGAGGCAAUGCUAAGCAAUGGUCUGACUCUGUACAAUGUUCCUGAACAGGCAACUGCACCAAGCAAUAGCAUCAUCUCAUUUUAAUCCUAUUUCACACACACAGUCUUUCUCAGUACCUCAUUUGGGCUCAUGUGAUCCAGUACCCAGAUCCACCCACUUUUUGGCAUCAGAAUCCCACGUUUCACAAACCACUUGCCCAUCAGUGUCCUACAUCUGCCCAAAUGAAGUCCCACAAACUUUAUUCUCCCUCUCUCUCUCUCUCUCUCUCUCUCUCUCUCUCUCUCUCUCUCCAGCUUUUCAGCCUGAAAUUUUCCAGAGCAAACUCUAGUUUCAACAGUGGGAACUAGCACAGGGGGGAGCCAAUGUGGUUUCUAUGGGUGCCCAUACACCCAGAGAGGCCUUUCAUGGUGCCCACAGGGCCACCUCUCCCCACUGAAAUUAGUAACCAAUAGAAUAGGGAGUGGGAGCUGUGUGUGUUUGGUUGAGGUGUGUAUAUGGUGCACAGAAGAUAGGAACAUAGGAAUGUGCUUUACACUGAGUCGUACCACUGGUCCAUCUAGCUCAGCACUGUCUAUAGCAACUAACAGCGACUCUUCAGGGUUUCAGGCAGAGGUCUCUCCCAAUCCUACCUGGAGAUGCUGUGGAUCGAACCUGUUACCUUCUGCAUGCAAAGCAGAUGCUCUACCACUGAACCACAGCUCCCAUGUUGACUAUAGGUUGUCUGCUUUGCAAAUUUGCCCGUGGGUCCUAAAAGGAUAGCAACUCCUGGUCUAGCAGCAUCCCUGUGCUGCAUGCUGUGAAAAGGAAUUCUUCUCCUCCCCUGCUACUAAUCCUCAUUAAACCAAGAGAGCCAAUUAAACAAGCCACCUCUGAAUUUAUAACCGCUCUACUUUGGAGCGCAGAUAAGAUUUCUAGCUUCUCCUUCAUGACAUGUUAGCUUUCCAAAUUCAGGGCAGUGAUCUACUUCCAAAAAUGUAGUUCCUCAAUAUGUUUCUGAGGUGUAUAAAUCACAUAGCAGGUUGACCAUCGUGUGUGUGUGUGUGUGUGUGUGUGUGUGUGUGUGUCCCGUUGUUUCAACAGUGGAAAAUAGGUGCACUCUUGUAGCACAUAUAUCCAGGUAAAUGUUUGUGUGGGCGCACACAUACAUAUCUUUGUAUAUAGAUAAAAACGUAAUGCGGUCAUCACGCUGCAGUUUGUGCAACUGCCAAAAGGUGCCCAACCAACUGCAACAUGGUGGCAGGCAGGCAUGUGAAGAAGCAGUGCAGGUGGAGAGUGGUUUGGUUAGGUGCAAAGGAAGCAGGGGGAGCAGGUGUGUGUGUGCGCGCACACACACACACACACACGUGCAUUCAGUCAGCAUUCAGUGACCCCAUUUGUGGGGUGGUGGGAGGUUUGUCCUCUUUGAUUUCCUUUCUCUAAGGAUUUUUUUUUUGUCCUUCUGAAAACCUUGGGUUUUCCCCAAGCCUGUUGAUAUGUAAUUUUGUGGGUGUGGAUGGUGCUGUUUUGGCUACACAAGUCAUGCUGAUUUGGGCUGAUGGGAGUUUUCUAAACCAUUGCAGGGGGGGAGCAUCAGGCUGGGGAAAGCUGGUAUGUAGAACAUUUGGAUCUGUUUAUACUUGUUCUGAUAACAGCUGUAGGUCAAAACACAUGCAGCAACAUUUGCUGCCUGGACAUGCAAUUAUGGGGAGAGGGAGGUUGAAAGGUAAGCACUACAUUGGCAAUUGUAUUGCUACUGGCAAAUGUAAGAGUCAGUGGGGUGUAGUGGUUGGAGCGCUUGGCUAGAACCUGGGAGACCAGGGUUCAAAUUCACAUUCCACAAUGAAGCUCACUGGGCCACUUUGGACCAGUCACUGCUUCUCAACCUAACCUAACACAGUUGCUGGAGGGGGGGAGAGACAUGGGGAGGGGGAGAGACAUGCAUGCCACCUUGAGCUGCCUGGAAGAAAAGUAGGCUAUAAAUGAGGGCUGUGCGCCAAAUCUGGUGAAAAUGCACACCAAAUCAGGCCAAAUAAUGAUCUCCCAGAGUUAGGUUGCACUAAAAGGAGAGAUCUGGUGUUGUCAGAGAGGAAGGAGAGACAUGUAGCUCCAGAGAUGCAGCAAACCCCAGCAGGAUUUAAUUCUCCCCUCACCAACUGGUUUGAGUAGGUUGCAAUCCUGCUGUUUCCAGGGUGCUUCUUCUCCAGUAGGUUCCUCAGUGGCAGGAAGAAAACCCCAGAAGGAUUAAAAUGCUUCUGACUACAGGAAAUUCCUUCACAAGUUAGGGAUGCGGGUGGCACUGUGGUCUAGACCACUGAGCCUCUUGGGCUUGCCAAUUGGAAGGUCAGCGGUUCGAAUCCGCAUGACGGGGUGAGCUCCCGCUGCUCUGUCCCAGCUCCUGGCAACCUAGCAGUUUCAAAGCAUAACAAUGCAAGUAGAUAAAUAGGUACCACUGUGGCGGGAAGGUAAACAGUGCUUCCGUGCGCUCUGGCACUCAUCACGGUAUCCCGUUGCACCACAAGUGGUUUAGUCAUGCUGGCCACAUGACCCAGAAAGCUGUCUGUGGACAAACGCCGGCUCCCUUGGCCUGAAAGUGAGAUGAGUGCUGCAACCCCGUGGUCACCUUUGCCUGGAUGUAACUGUCCAGGGGUCCUUUGCCCUUUUUUCCCCUUUACUUUUUCACAAGCACCUUCUCCAAAGGGAAGGCAUUUGCAAAGCAGCACCCAGCAGGACUGAACCCUCCUGCUUGCAGGGUGGUUCAGGGGAAGAGGAAAGCAGUGCCUCCUUCUCCCAUGUCAGCAGGGGGAGGGGAACAGCUUAUUUGCUCCUGCCCCAGGCCUUGCUUUCUGUUUAUAGCAGGGGUGGGGGACCUGUGGUUUUCCAGAUAGUGUUGGACUCCAACUCCCAUCAUCCCUGACCAUUGUCCAUGCUGGCUGGGGCUAAUGGGAGUUAGAGUCCAACAACACGUAGAGGAACACAGGUUCCCCCAUGCCUAUUUAUCUAUUUAGGCAAUGCAUGUGCAACAUAAUCACAAUUGUCUCUUAAGUGGUGUCCAUCAAACUCAACAAUACAGUAAAGAUAAAAUUGGUUGAAAUGAUAAAAUCAUAGUUUAUUCUUCUAGAAAUUUGAGGCAUCGGGGCUGAAACAUGAAGAAUUCUCAGAUAGAGAUAUAGAUAUAGAUGAUAGAUAGAUAUAGAUAUAGAUAUAGAUAUAUAGAUAAUAUAUAUAUACACACACACACACUGUAUGUGUGUGUGUGUGUGUGUGUGUGUGUAGAUGGAUGGAUAGAUAGAUAUAGAGAUAUAGAUAUAGAUAUAGAUAUAGAUAUAGAUAUAGAUAUAGAUAUAGAUAUAGAUAUAGAUAAUUAUGGCAUUCCCAACCCCAGAAAAGGCAAAAUAGAGAAAAAGUAAUUCUAGUAAGAAUAACAAUAAUAGGAGCCAUCCUUUGCAAACAGGAUCAGUGGGAGCAUAUGCUACAUGGCCUCUUUAAAGCUUAAAUUGGCUCUAAGAGCUGAGUCACAUACGCCUGGAUACCAGUGGAACUUUUGUCACCUUGAUUAGUCAAUAUUUUGACAGUUCUCAUGUUUGGCUGAGAGUUAUCUCCUCCAUUAGAAAGCCUUGUGUUUGAGGUGCAAAUUUCAACAGUGGCAACUCAUCUGUGAUGGCUCAUUUGCUCGCCAUGAAACGUAAUGAGUGUGUGUGUGUGCUGACCUUAAGAGUCACAAAGUACAUGGGAUUCCUCCAGUUUUACAGAGUGCACUCCAGUUCAUGAGUCCAAUGGUUUGGGGGAGAAAAGCUGAAUAGUCAUCUUUUUUUGGGGCGGGGGAGAUGUCACUGUUUCACCAGGGUGAGCAUUUCCAGCCAAGAGGCUUACUAGAGAACAAUGUUGUAGAGAAAACUCGUGAUGUGUGGUUGCUAUCGAAGAUCAGAAGAGCAUGCUGGGUAAUUUUAGUCAGGUGGCUCCAUUUAUCCUGUUCUGCUGAGGCUUGGGGCCCACAAGAGAAAUGGUGGUGAUGGAUCCCAGGUCAGCUCAAGUCAGGGGCACAUCAACAAUCAGCUAAUAAAGUGCUUUUCAACCAGUGUGACGUGGCACCCUGGGGUGCCUUGAAUGGUGGGCAGGGGUGCUGCAGGCAACACUGGCCUCUGUCCCUCUUUCUCUCCCUCCUCUCAUGCCUUCUUGUGUCUCUGCCUCCCAAAGUCUUGCACAGCUAUUUAUUGCAGUAGCCCUAGCUAUAAGCCCCACAGAUGAAUAGUGCCUCUGGGAAGCACCUCUCUUUGGGGCUGGGGGCAGGCUGAGGGAACACUCCACAAGGGAGGGUGUAUGAAAAGGGGUGAGGGGCUGCCAGCUCUGCAGGGAAGAGGUGACAUAACUGGGCUCCUGAGCCCCACAGGGAUGCGGCAGAAACUCCAUGUACAGCAGAACGGCUUGGCUCCUGAACAAAUCAGCUCCCGAAAGCCGCAAACCCAGAAGUGGGUGUUCCAGUUUGCAAACGUUUCUCGGAAGCCGAACAUCCGAUGCAGUUUCCAUGACUUCCAAUUGAGUGUAGGAAGCUCCUGCAGCCAAUUGGAAGCUGCGCCUUGAUUUUCGAAUGGUUUCAGGAGUCGAAUGGACUCCUAGAACAGAUUAAGUUAGAGAACCAAGGUACCACUGUAGUUAGUCAAGGGAGCCAUGGGCUCAAAAAGGCUGAAAACCUCUGAGCUAUUGGAAUGUGCUUAGUUUUGCCAUGGUCUGAUGCAUAGGUGCCAUCUCAUGCCGAAGAUUGUGGUUCAACGAAAGGCUUCAACUUUGCCCAUUUACUUUGGGAGGAGGGUGCCCAGUACCCACAAAUAUAUUAUCGUGGGUGCCAAAGCACCCCCAACCCCCUGAAGUUGGCUCCAGUGGCCUGAUGACUGUAGUAACACAGAGGUGAGCUUUUCCCUGAUGGCUCCAGUGUUGUGCAAUGCCCUCCCUGCUGAAAUAUGAGCAGCGCCAUCAGUGUUGGCAUUCUGCCGGCUCCUCAAGACACACCUCUGGGCAAGCAGUCCCCUGAACUGAACUUGUCUUUUUAUUGUUUUAACUGUUUCUUAAUUUUUUUAAUUGUUCUUUUUAACUUUUUUGCUUUCUCAUAUAUUUUAUUUAUUAAAGAUGUUUCAAUGUUUUUGUGUACUUUAAUUAUGGAUCAGAGUUGUGAACGGCUUAGAAACCAUUUUAUCUUCUGCAUAGGAUUUAAUUGAAUAUAAUCCAAAAGCUCUAAGAACAAUAAAAUAAAAUCAACAAACUCUGAAACAAUAAAAACCACCCAUACAGACUCUCAAAACAGUUACAUCAUAUAUCGAAUUGAUCUUCCGUAAAUGACUGGGUUACACCUCAGAGGGAAAUUCCCUAAACAAAACUGUUUUCAGUCUGCGCCUGAACAUCAUCACACUAGGCACCGGUCUGAUUUCAGCUGGCAAUUGAUUCCAGAGAGCUGGAGCUGCAACACUAAAAGCCCAGUUUCUGGUGCAGGCUAAGCACACCUCUGGGGCAUUUGUUACUCUCAGCAGUGCUCCAUUUGAGGAGUGUGGCUGCUGGGAAGGGAUAUAGCAGGAAAGGACCUUAAAUGCUAAAAGCAAAACCUUGACUUGUGCUGCUAGCAUCUUGGCAGGCAGAUCAGCUCCUUCAGCAGAGGCGUCACACAGUAUCAACGGUGUGCCUUAGUCAACAAUCUGCUGCAUUCUGCAACAGCUCUUUGUUGGAGGGUUUUAUGCAGACAGUAAAGGUCCAACUAUUAGGGAUGCUGUAGCACAAGUGUGGGGAACCUUUGGCCAUCCAGAUGUUGCCAAAUUGCAACUCCCAUCAUCCCUUGCCAUUGGCCAUGCUGGCUGGGCCUGAUGGAACUUGCAGCUCAGGGACAUCUGCAGGGCCAAAAGGUUCCCCUGCGGUAAGCAAUUGCAACCCACAUGCUGGGAAGUUAGCACCGCAGCUCUGCUGCCCCAGCAAGCUAGGUAAAGAUAAAGGACCCCUGGAGAGUUAAGACCAGUCAAAGGUGACUAUGGGGUUGUGGCACACAUCUUGCUUUCUGGCCAAGGGAGCCAGCGUUUGUCCAUGGACAGCUUUCUGGGUCAUGUGGCCAGAAUGACUAAACCACUUCCAGAGCGCACUGAAACGCUGUUUACCUUCCAGAUAGGCAAAGGGUCUGCCCUGGUACAAGUCAGUUCCCUAUGUUCCUUUAUGGGGGUGGCAGCUUUCAAACUCCCUGCCUUUUGGACCCAGUCAGGAUGAGUUUUCCUAUUAACAGGAGCAGAUCUCCAGAGCAAGGAAAUGCUUGUGGUGCUGUUCAGAUCUGCAUGGCAGGGGAUCUAGCUCACUUAAGCUUUUUCUACUAUCUCGUAGGCAUGCCAAUAGGGGCCCUUGCCUAACUUGGAACUUCCUGUGUGUCUUUUCAGGGGAAGUAUGACUGAGGUGGAGCCUGUGUUAGAUUUUGCAUCAUCUGGGCGCACUGGUCGAAGGAACGCGUUGCCGGAUAUUCUGGGCUCGCCGUCCGGCGUCACUCCCACUGACUUGCCUAUGAAACUGGCGGAAAUGUCUCUAAACUCAGGUAGAUUUUGGCCUUAUUUUCUAACGCUUCCCAUGUCAGUGGUAGCUUUGGCCAAUGGAUCUGCUCCUAACAUUCUUCCUCUGUUAUACUGGACUUGUUGGUUUGAACGGCCCUAGUACACCCGAAACCUGUUAGAAUUCCUGCUCCAUGAUGCAGUCAUGGGGUUGUUGUCUAUCACAUGACGGUAUAUGUUUUGACUCCACAGAGUGGGAAGUGAGGGAGACAGGACGUUUGUGUUACUGUGUUCCGUGAAGUGGGACUAUUGUCCUUUGUCCUUUCUCUCUUUGCUGUCUGAUGCUAGAGAGAGAGGGAGCCAUGUUGCACUGCUCUGUGUGUGUUUAUAUGUAAAUAAAGUAGAUUAGCCAAAAUGCUGAGUUGCUGAGGUCUGUUAUGCAAGCUGCGAAGACUCUGUGGAUCCCUAAGUGUGCCAAUGUCUGUUGGCAUUGGUCGCUGUGAUGUUCAGGCAGAAAAAAGCUUUUGAAGCUCCUGAACGAUCGACCAGGAGGGAGAGAACAUGCCAGUCGGGCAUGUGUCUCUGCCAGGGUCCUACUCGAGUGUAGGACAAACUCCUGACAAAACCUACUCAGUAAUGAGAUCGCCGAACCUGCAACUUCUUGCAUGCAAACCAAACGGCUUGUGCAAGGACAUAAAAAUAGCCUGCUGCAUGAGGGCAGUGGCUUAUCAAGUCCAGCAUCCUGAUCUUACAGUGCCCAACCAGAUGCCUGAGGGAAACCAGUGAGCAGAACAUGAGCACACGAGCCCUCUCUCCUUGCAUGGUUUCCAGCAGCUGUUAUUCAAAAGCAUUGAGACCUACAACUGCGGAGGCAGGGCAUAAAUAUCAUGGGUAGUAGCUAUUGCUAGUCCCUUCCUUCAUGAAUUUGUCUAAUCCUGUUUUAACGCCAUCCAAGUUGGUGGUCAUCUGCCAAGGCUCUGCCAAGGCUUCGGGAAAGCUAUUCCUCCUCCGGUUACAGCAAGAGUAGAGAAAACAAGGAGAGUCCUUUUUAAUGAGUUUUAUUCCAUCCUAAUAGGGAGAGACAUGGGACGCGGGUGGCGCUGUGGGUUAAACCGCAGAGCCUAGGACUUGCCGAUCAGAAGGUCGGCGGUUCGAAUCCCCGUGAUGGGGUGAGCUCCCGUUCCCCGGUCCCUGCUCCUGCCAACCUAGCAGUUCGAAAGCACGUCAAAGUGCAAGUAGAUAAAUAGGUACCGCUCCGGCGGGAAGGUAAACGGCGUUUUCGUGCGCUGCUCUCGUUCGCCAGAAGUGGCUUAGUCAUGCUGGCGACAUGACCUGGAAGCUGUACGCUGGCUCCCUCGGCCAAGAAGGCGAGAUGAGCGCUGCAACCCCAGAGUCGGCCACAACUGGACCUAAUGGUCAGGGGUCCCUUUACCUUUACCUAAUAGGGAGAGACAAAAGAAAGCAACAAGCCUUAACAAUGGUGUUGCUCCAAACUGGGCUCCUCCUCCCUCCUUCCUGUCAACAGCCCCUUCCGUUACAGUGGCCACUCGUGGUCAAAUGCCUUUGAGUCCUUUGUUCCUUACUCCUAAUGAAUGUCGUGUUCUGGGAGAAGGGGGAUCAGAAAUAUUUUCCAGUGACAACAUGUCAGCUGGCUGCCCUGCCCCAGUCCUUCCCCCCUCUCCUUCUUCUAACACUGCCCAACUCUUUUGUUCGCCUAUCUCUGAGUUGGGACUUCCCUCAGACUCCUCAAACUCCUGCUGUAAAUCAAAGCUACAUUUCUCUUCUCCCUCAGCGUCAGAAGAAGGGGGCGGUUGAUCUCCACCAUUCCUCCUCUCUCUCACCCUCUUGAGUCCAAUCCCUGACAUCAUCAUUGCCUCCUGGGAGAGCAAAUUCCAUAGUUUGACUAAGUACAGUAUGUCCUAAAUCUUCCAGCAACCUAAACCUAGUGUCCUAGACCUUACCAUCAAGCUACAACCUUAUUCUCCACAGAGAUUAAUUACGUAAUUAAAAAUCUGUUUCCACUGCAGUAGAUGGUGAGAUGCGUGAUACAGGUUUUAGCAGGAGCCAAAUUGCAGCAGAAUAGAAACAUCACAGGCCGAGAUGGAACCUUGUUCCCUCCUUGCAUCUUUCAUUGAAAUGCACAUUUUUUCUGGCUGCUCCUUCGCUGAUCUUGUCUCUUUGCUUGACCCUCUCCCCACCUCCCCUCCCCAAUCCCAGACAGGUCUCAAGAAAUGCAGUCGCCAGCCACAGAGGUGCCCCCACCAGUACCUCAAAGCCCAGAGCUUAAAGAUACCUCUUAA